CAGUUUUUUCGUUUUUGACCUGAAAAAAAUUAUUUUUUUCCUGAUUUCGACAGUUAGGAUUUAUUGAAAUUAUUCAAUUUUCAUCGCAAAAUUCAAAAUGUCUAACGAUGAUAGUAUUAGGGAGCAUUACCUUAAAAAGUUCAAACUUUCAGUCGGUGUGGAUACAUCUAAAAGCCCCAUACAUCAAAAUCUGAGAAUUCACAUUACAAACACACAUUUCUACGUGGAGGCACUUACUCCUGACAUAAAAGAGAUCCUCAUCAUUGACAGAGUCACCAACGAAUUGAAACUUUCCAAAAAUCCAGAUGACAUUCCAAAGUUUCAAGUGCAAUUGAAGAGUAUAUGUGGGAUCUUUGGUAUCAUAAGACUUUUGGCAGGACCCUACUUGAUAGUGAUAACGAGGAAGAUUAAGGUCGGCGAGAUAGAUGGCAAGGCAAUAUGGAAAGUGGCAGCUACUGAACUGCUGCCCUAUCAGAGGACCACACUGCAUCUCAAUGAACAACAGGUACAAGAUAACGCGCGUUAUUUAUCUAUGGUGGAGGCCGUUUUAUCCAUGGAGAAUUUUUACUUUUCGACGUCGUACGAUCUCACGCACACCUUCCAGAGGCUGUUCAACACGAGUCCCGACUUUAAGUCUAUUGCUCUUCAUGAUAGGGCGGACCAGAGAUUUCUUUGGAAUGGUUUUGUACUUAAAGACUUAUCCCAGCAGUUUGAAUUGAGUUCAUUCUGCCUACCAAUCAUGUUGGGAUUCAUAUCAGUGAACACGUGCAGCCUGAGGGGGCACAUAUUAAAGUACAUACUCAUCUCCAGGAGAUCAUGCUUCAGGGCGGGAACCAGAUACAACAUACGAGGCAUAGAUGACGAAGGCAACGUGGCGAACUUUGUAGAAACUGAGCAGAUCAUUGAAUUCAAUAACAUCCGAUGCUCCUAUGUACAGACAAGAGGCUCAGUACCACUGUACUGGUCACAGCUGCCAAAUCUGAAGUACAAACCGCUCCCUGCCAUCAUUCCCGACGACCAUUUAAAAGCGUUCACCUUACAUAUGGAGGCCCAAAUCUACAACUACGGCAAGCAAGUGCUCGUGAAUCUGCUUGAUCAGAAGCGUCCAGAAAUUCAGCUUGUAGAUGCCUACAGAGAACUCACCAAUAGAUUAAAUAAUCCACAAAUAAGCCACGUAGCUUUCGACUUUCACAAAGAGUGCAAGAACAUGCAGUGGCAUAAACUGCAAUUGCUGCUGGACAUACUCAAUGAACACCACAACGAAAUAAGUUAUUUUUUCAUGCAAGACUCGAUAGUUGAAAAAACUCAGAACGGAGUUUUUAGGACAAACUGCAUUGACUGCCUCGAUAGGACCAACGUCGUCCAGUCUAUGAUCGCUAAGAAGGUCCUUCUGGAACAGCUGAAGAACUUACGAAUUUUAAUGUCCAACGAUUCUAUUGAGAAUUUUGUUGAGUUUGAGACCAUCUUUAGGAACGCGUGGGCAGACAACGCAGAUGCAUGCGCCAAGCAGUACGCUGGCACUGGUGCUCUUAAAACUGAUUUCACCAGAACAGGCAAACGAACGAUACUAGGAGCAUUGCAAGACGGCUGGAACUCAGCUAAAAGAUAUUUCAUUAAUAAUUUUUAUGAUGGAUUCGGGCAGGACUCCCAGGACCUGUUUUUAGGAAAUUAUGAGGUCGAACCGAACGAGGGAAUAACCGUAAUCUCACCUCUGAGGUCAGAGAAGGAUUGGAAGUUCUACGCUCUGCCUACAAUCUUCAUGGUUGCUUUCUCCAUGUGCGUCGUCAGUGUUCUCAUACCAGAUGAGCACAUAAGCGAGCAGCUGAUGUACGUGUUGUUCUGGGGAGGAGCCUCGGCCGUUACAGCGGCCACGAUGCUGUACUACGGGAGGGAGUUCGUCGACAGGCCCAAACUCGUUCAGAGAAAGUUGAAGACCGAAUGAAUGAUGGCUGGUGUUCAGUCGGUUUGAGUUGGCCGGUCGUUGCCCGGCUUGCUGGUUGAUCUGUCAGUUGGCUAGUUGGUUGUUUUCUCUCUGAGAUGGUAGAUCCGGCUGAUUGAUUGAUUGAUUAAUUGAUUGAUUAGUUGAACAGUUAGAUGGAUGGAUUGAUCUAUCGGCUGAUUGAUUGAGCACCUAGAUUGAUUGCAUGUAUUAUAAUGAUGUUACAUAAGGUUAUUAUUUAUAAACGAUAGAUGAACGAAUGAUAGUGAGUGAUCAAAGAAAUACUUAUACGAAAAACGAACGAAAGAACGAAUGAAUGUACGAAUGAAGGAAUGAACAAAAUAUGUAUAAAUGAAUGAACGCAACUAUCUCGUGGAUGUUAUUGACGGAUAAAUUAUUAAUCUUGUUGUUACUAAUGACACGUCAUUUAAAUCACUAUUUAAAAAGUUAAUUAAUUAAUUAAUUAAUAGGUUAAUUAACCAAUUAAGUUAUUAAUGAUUAAUUGUUUCGGUUAAUUAUAUCAUUUCUUUGUGAUAACCAAUCAUUUCACGUACUUAUUUAUAUACCUAUUUAUUUACUUAAUGAACGAAUUUGGUUUUAAAUAACACACAAACUUUAAAACACACACACACGCCACACACAUACACACAUACACGUUCGUAUAUUUAUUUAUGUGUUUAUUUCAUCAAUUACGCACUUCAUAGCAACAAAAUAUGUCAAAAAUUUCUACACGGUUCGGGUUUUUAGCGUUAUAUCUAUCUAUCUCACUUCACUUUCACACCCACAUAUAUAAUAUAUUAUAAUUAAUAUUAUAGUUAAUAAUAUAACUAAUAAUAUCAAACACGUAUGAACGUACAUACAUAAAUAUCGAUCAGUUAAUCACUUAAUUUAUGAUUUUUUGUAUUUUGCUUAAAAAUCUAACAAAGGUAAACAAAAGAUUAUAUAAAUAUAUUUAUAUAAACAUUUGAAGAACAAUAAUUUUUUUCAUGUUUUAUUUAUAAA